AUGCUCAUCACUCAUGGACUGAGACUUCCUCAACCCGGAAGCUGGUUGCAGUACGACGUCACUGAAUACUCCUUCGUUCUGAUCCGAGGUCACGAUGAGAAGAUGAAGGAAUUCAUUGAAACUUGGGCCGACAGAUUCGAUGACUUAGUUGCCCCAAAACUGAUAUCUGAAGACUCGUUCAAUUUCAAGAAACACGCAGUCCAUGUUCAUGUUGAUACAGAUGGAUUUGUCUGGGUCAACUUGGAUGCCGGAGAGCAGCCGGAGAUUCCUGGGAGCACCAGGUUUUUUGACAUCAAAUUCAAAGACUAUAAUUUUCUUUUCGACCACGUCUGGGAAUUGAAAGAAUCCUACAACUGGAAGAUCCUGUCCGACAACUACAACGAGUGCUAUCACUGCCUGAGAGCGCACCAUGAUGUACCGCCGCUAGCAGUCCUCGAGGUCGACGACGUUGAUACCGUCGUUGGAAUCAUUCUGCAUUUUUCCAAUCCCAAGCAAGACACGGUCGACCGAGGCCUGAAGAUCGCGAUUACCUAUUGUUUCAUGACCGUAUUACCGCAAUCCAUUUUCAUGCUGAUAUUAGUGCCAACAUCCCCGGACAACUGCGAUAUGCUGUACGAGGUGUACCGGAACAAAGAUUCGAGCGACGAAGAUUUCGAGUUGAUUAACUCAAUGUACAAGCGGAUCAUGUCUGAGAACAAAUAG